AAUACAUCAUGUUUUGAAAAACCAAAAAUUAUUUGUAUUGUGUUGAGUUGCAGAAAAUUUUUUAUAACCUCGGCAACAAACAAGUUGCUACCCAGCUGUAUUUGGACGGUCCCCAUCACUCCCUGCCCCACACAACAACCACUUUUUUCCUCUCAAACUAAAUUCCAAACUCCUCUCAUUUCUUUCUUUUUCUUACACAACUCCACUUUUUUUUUCACUUCUCCCAUUAUUUAUCUCAAUUGUUUUUAAUUCCCCCAAAAUAUUUCCACCACCUUUUUCCCUCUAUAAAAUCUCAGCCAACCCAACACUAUCACUUCCCCUUCCUCUCUCUCCUCUCCUCUCACUAGAAAUUAGGGUUUCCAGAUAUCUUUUUUCUUCUUCUUCUUCUUAUACUUUUUUUCUCUAUCGAUCUCUGAUGUUAAGGUUAUUGUUGUGGAUUUCUGAGAUUCAUGUCUGCAAUAAUAAUUCUGAGUGAACUCUUUCUCUCUGGGUUUAUGAUAAAUUCCACAUACAGGCGCAGGACCCAUUUAGUUCAAUCAUUCUCAGUCGUUUUUCUCUACUGGUUUUACUAUAUUUCAUGAUUAAGCUUGCUCGCUUCCAUUUAGCUAAUUAAUUUGAUAAUUUCUACUACAUAUAUCCAAAUAAAUAUUGCUUGAUUUUCAAAUAAUUAAUUACUGGAAUUCCUGCUAAUAUAUAUAUUUAUAUUUAUAUUGAAAAAAAAAUUGAAUAUAUCUGCGGCUGCCAUGGAUUCAUCGAGUGGAAUAUCGUCGAAUUCAUCGGGGAUGCAGAACUCGGCGUCGGAGGAGGAUCUGCAGCAGACGAUGGAUUUGAGGAAGAGGAAGCGGAUGAUCUCCAACCGCGAGUCGGCGCGGCGGAGCCGCCUCCGGAAGCAGAAGCACAUGGAGGAGCUGAUGGCGCAGGUGGCUGAGCUCCGCCGCCAGAACCACCAGAUCCUCACCAGCCUCCGCGCCACCACACAGCACCACAUCGCCGUCGAAUCCGAGAACGCGAUCCUCAGAGCUCAGGAGGCGGAGCUCAGCCACCGGCUGCAGUCGCUCGUCGAGAUCGUCGGAUUCACCGCCGCCGGAAAUGACGGCGGCUACCACGACCAGCUCGAUGGCGGCGGCUCGUGGAAUUGCUUGAGCCAGCCGAUUAUGAUGAUGGCGGCGGCGGCGGCUUCUUCUUUUCCGGCUGAUGCGGGCCCCGCCUGUAUGGAUCUGCCUAGACUUCUGUGCUGAAUGAAUUACUCCCAAUUACAGUGCUAUUAUUAGUGGUUAAUUAAAAUUUAAGAUGAUUAAUUAUUGUAUUACGGAGUAAUUAGCUGGAGUUCCGAUAAUUAGGGGUAAUUAGCUAAAUAAAAAUACGGUGUUAGUUGGGCAUAUGUGGUAUUAACCUGCAAGUUUAAGGGUUUAUUCCAAGGACUUUUGUAAUUGUAACAUGCUCCCUUUAUUGAAAUGAUAGCUCUUUUACUACCUAUUUAAAUUA